UCUCGGGGCCCCCCUGAGCCAGGCAGCCACCUUGGGCUCCUCGGCCCCUGGCUCCCCUCCAGAGGCUCCCCACUCUGUGCCCAGGAGGCAGCCCCAUCAUGUUCUCCAAGAAGAAGCGAGAGCUGAUGAAAACCCCAUCCAUUUCCAAAAAGAGCCGGGCGGGAAGCCCCAGCCCGCAGGCCCCCUUGGAGCUGCCCAGGAAGGACGCCACAGAGCUGUCAUCUCAUACUGCUGGACUGGGUCUAGAGUCGUCUCCUAGUGGGACCAAACUGGGCUCGGGUGCUGUGGGUACUCUCAAGCGCCCAACUAGCCUGAGCCGCCAUGCCAGUGCGGCCGGCUUCCCCCUGUCCGCCCCCGGCACCUGGACACUGGGGCGAGGUCACAAGAGCUCUACCAACAGCCCCGUGGAAGGCAGUGAUGGGCUUUUCGUGGACGUCGAGGAUAUCUCGCAGCUGCUGGCCCACGUGGCCCGAUUUGCGGAGACCUUGGAGAAGCUCAAAGACACAAUCCUGAGAGAUGAGCAACUGGACGCUCGGCGGCCACUGGCCCAUGAGUGCCUGGGUGAGGUCCUGAGGGUCCUCCGACAGGUCAUCGGCAAGUACCCCCUGCUCAACACUCUAGAGACCCUCACAGCGGCUGGGACCCUCAUCUCUAAAGUCAAAGGGUUCCAUUAUGAGUCCAACAAUGAGUCUGAUAAGCGGGAGUUGGAGAAGGCUCUGGAGACAAUUGCUGUGUCCUUCAGCAGCACCGUGUCCGAGUUCCUCAUGGGUGAAGUGGAUAUCAGUACUCUCCUCUCUAUGCCUCCGGGUGACCAGAACCAGUCCAUGGAAAACCUGUAUGGGGGCCUCCCAGGUGAGGCUCCCUCUAAACCUGCUCUUCUGGAUGCAGGCUCCCUGUUGUCGGAGGACGUGGACGUGGUCCUGCAGCGCUGUGAGGGGGGGGUGGACGUGGCCUUGCAGUACGCCAAGAACAUCUCCAAGUACAUGAAAGAUCUCAUCUAUUACCUGGAGAAGAGGACGAUGCUGGAGAUGGAGUUUGCCAAAGGUCUGCAGAAGAUAGUCAACAGCUGUAAACAGACAAUCACCCAGGAGCCCCACAUGCCUUUCCUGUCCAUCUAUUCCCUGGCCUUAGAACAGGAUAUGGAGUUUAGCCAUGGGAUGCUGCAAGUGGUGACUACUCUGCAGAACCAGACCUUUAUGCAGCCCCUGACUCUGAGGCGUCUAGAGCAUGAAAAGAAGAGGAAGGAAAUCAAAGACCAGUGGCAUCGGGCACAGAGGAAGCUGCAAGAAGCAGAUACCAACCUUCGAAAGGCAAAGCAGACAUACAUGCAGCGCUGCGAGGACCACGAGAAGGCCCAGUACCUGACCGUCAAGGCCGAGGAGGAGCAGAGCGGGGGUGGCGGGGCCGGCACAAGUGGUGGGGCGAGCACCGCUGCCAUGAAGGCCCUAGACAAAAAGAGGCGGCUGGAGGAAGAGGCCAAGAAUAAGGCAGAGGAGGCCAUGGCCACGUACCGCACCUGCAUUGCCGACGCCAAGACGCAGAAGCAGGAGCUGGAGGAUGUGAAGGUGAAUGCUUUACGCCAGAUCCAGGAGGUCAUAAAGCAGAGUGACCAGAUUAUCAAGUCGGCCACCAUCUCCUACUACCAGACCAUGCACAUGCAGACAGCCCCACUCCCCGUCUACUUCCAGACCAUGUGUGAGAGCAGCAAGCUGUAUGACCCGGGGCAGCAGUACGCCUCCCACGUGCGGCAGCUGCAGCGGGAUGUGGAGCCGGACACUCACUACGACUUUGAGCCCUAUGUGUCCCACAACACCUGGUCACCCUUAGUCCGGGCGAGGAAGUCCAGCUUUGGUGCCAGUGAUGCCAGCGGAGGGACAGAAGGUGCUGGGCCCCACCGCGAGGGAGGAGGCACAGAUGGAGGGACUAUGUCCAAGGAACAUCGAGGCGGACGGGGUCACCAGGUCCAUAAAUCAUGGCCCAUCUCUGUGACAGAUUCUGAUAGCAGCUCGGACCCCAGUGCCACCAUAGGAGACUUCCAGAAGAUGGAGCGGACCUCUUCCAGCGGCACCAUGUCAUCUAGUGAGGAGCUGGCUGAAAAGGAAGGCCCCUCAUCCACACUGGAGCAGACAGACCUCAAUGGCAUCUCCCCCGAGAUCCAGGUACCCACCGGCCCCUUCCGGAACGUGGGACUCUCCAAGGCCGCCCAGACACACCGACUCCGCAAGCUGCGCACUCCGUCCAAGUGCCGCGAAUGCAACAGCUACGUCUACUUCCAGGGAGCUGAGUGCGAGGAGUGCUGCCUGGCCUGCCACAAGAAGUGCCUGGAGACUCUGGCCAUCCAGUGCGGCCACAAGAAGCUUCAGGGCAAACUCCAGCUCUUCGGCCAGGACUUCCAGAAGGCGGCGCGGGGCACCGCAGACGGCAUCCCCUUCAUCAUCAAAAUAUGCCUCUCGGAGAUCGAGAGGCGGGCGCUGAGGACCAAGGGCAUCUAUCGGGUCAAUGGGGUGAAGACCCGCGUGGAGAAGCUCUGCCAGGCCUUUGAGAACGGCAAAGAGCUAGUGGAGCUGUCACAGGCCUCCCCCCACGACAUCAGCAACGUCCUGAAGCUCUACCUCCGCCAGCUGCCCGAGCCCAUCAUCUCAUUCCGCCUUUAUCACGAGCUCAUGGGGCUGGCCAAGGAGAGCCUGCAGGCUGAGGCUGAAGCCAAGGCGACUCGGGGCCGAGGGGACACCAGCAAAGACAAGGAGCGGGACGCUGAAGCCAUGGCCAGCAGGCUGCGGGACCUGCUGAAGGAGCUGCCCCAGGAGAACAGGGCCACGCUGCAGUACCUCAUCCGGCACCUUCGGAGGAUUGUGGAGGUGGAACAGGACAACAAGAUGACUCCAGGCAACCUGGGCAUUGUCUUUGGGCCGACUCUCCUCCGACCUCGGCCCACCGAGGCCACCGUGUCUCUCUCCUCCCUGGUGGAUUACCCGCACCAGGCCCGAAUUGUGGAGACCCUCAUCUCCUUCUACCACCUCAUCUUUGAGAUCCCAGCUGGGGACAUACAGGAAGAGAGCCCUAGCAACGAGGAUGGACCAUCUUCCCAGCAUCCUAGAGGGGAGGUGCCUUUCUUGGAGGUGAGUGAAGAUGCCACUGACCUGGAUUUCCCAGCGGAUGCAUACGGAGAAUCCAUUAACCGUUCCAAUGACUCAGACUCAGAACUAGAAGACAGCCCCGACCUGCAAGCGUCCGACGGUGCCAGUGCCCUACACCGCCUCAGCCUCUUGAUGAAGCAGGAAAGUGAGACAAGCGCCGAGGAAGGGCCUCAGAGCCACAGUGGGAGUGUGGAGCACCUGGCCCCAGGCAGAGGGGAGCAGAGUGAUGGGGAGGAAGAGCAGAGCCCAGGCAGAGAGGUCCAGGUCCUGCACCUCUCUUCUUAUAAUACCAACAAUUCCAAUAACAUCCUCUGGCCAGGGCUCAACACUGCCCAGGAGGCCCGGGCAGGUGGCUGGCAGCUUCCCACAGUCCGGCUCCGGGCUGGGAAGAUCACCAUGGGCACCCACAGGGAAAGGCGGCCAGAGUUUGUUUGAACUUAAGCUGUCAGCAGAGAAUCUGGUCUCUGCAACAGAAUCUGGGAAAAGCCAGAGACCGAUUUGAGACAUAAAAAACAGAUAAGAAGGGAGAAGACUGGUUGGGUGAGGCCUGGGAUAAAUAAUCCAAAGUUCUGUAGCUGGUUCUGGGCAGACAGAGGGCCGCUCCAAGAUGUUCUGCAGAACUUCACAAAGGCAACUUUGAACCUUGUCACUUUCCCCUGGUCCUCACCAUGGGAGUUCCACUGUUAUUUUUUCCAUCUUUUUCUCUGUGGAUCUGGAAGUAACUUCAUCCUGGGAUUCCUGAUUACCACUCUCUGGCUUGCUCUGUUACGGGGAGAGGGCCGGAACUGUACUUCAAAAUGGGUGGUUUUUUUGUUUUUUGGUGUGGGGAGGCAAGGGAUCAACCCGGGGGAAAUAGAGGUGGUGUGGUGCUUCCUCCGAGCCAUUUUAGAUCCAGUGUCCCCAGAGGCCCAAAUGCCCUGCCUUUAAUGUAUUAGAAGAGGCAUCGAGUAGGCAGGUUCCUUCUCUUUGAAUGUAGGCUCGGCUCUAACCAGGCCCCUCGUGGGCAGACUCCAGCCUUUGUGAAAGGCAGCUUUAGGUUCCUGGUCUGCCUAGGAGCUUGGGUGGGAUUGGCCCGACUUGAGCUUUGCACAUUUAUUGGUGAUUUUGAAAUCCAGAAGUGAGCUCCUUCACAUGCAGAAGUCAGACUGGAUCCAUUCCUUCUCUAAUUCAGACCUAGCCUUUAAUCCCUACCCCAGAACCCGAGGAGGCCACCUUCAUCCCAAUGGGGUCAUGGCUCAUGGCUAGUUACUGCCUAGGGAGACCAGUUGGACAAACUGGGGAACUCUUGUUCCAGUUCUGGACUCCAGGAGUGCAGUUUGGAAGGUGCUGAGUGCACUUAGGCAGAUCCCGAGUCUGGACCCAGCUUUGAAUGCCCAGCAAGGCCCCACAAAGAGGAGCCCCAAGAAGCCUUGCCUAUACCCUUUCUGUGACAGCAAUGCCAGUAGUGUCACAGGCAUGCUGGUCGGACUGCUAACUCCCUUGAGCUGGCCCUCAGCCCUCCGUUCAUACAGCAUCUGACAAAGUUGCUUCUGCCUGUGCUGGAAAUAUUGAAUUGAUGUAGGGAUACAGAUACAUAAACGAUCCUGCUUUUAAGGCUUACAAAAAGCUUUCCUCCCAGCAGCCUUGGGAUGGAGAAUGCAAGGUUCCCCUCAACUUUACCAAAAAGGUACCCGAGGCUUACAGGUUAGGACUCAUCAAAUUAAGCCAGCUACUACUAGAGCUGAGAGGCCAACCCAGGUCUCUGGGACUUCAGGUCUUUCCACUUAGCCAUGCUGAGCACCAGCAGGUCUGAUGGCUGGGAAGCCAACUUCAUACUUCUUGUAGAUGUGCUCAGAAUACAGGAAAGAUCAUCUGGAUUGGGGGUUGGGGGUAUUCUUCAGCUCAGCCACUGCAGGCAGGGCACGCUAGCCAUCAUGGACAGGCAUCAAUCUGGUGGUCUUUUGGUGUUACCCUCCUGGUUUGUCUGGUUGUAUUCAUCCUGGAGACUCUUGAUAGUAUGGUUGUAGUCAUCGUAGAGAUUCUGAAAUGCACAUGUAUUUUAAAAUAUGAAUUCCUUUGCUUACAAUAAAA